AUGUCUCCAAACACUCAACCCUCACGCAAACACAGCGCACCACGAGACUCCUUCCGCAGCAGGAAGAUGCGCAAACUCUCCCCCUCUACCACCGCCCCCCUCCACACUGAGGACCACACAACAAAAGCGACCCUCCGCACCGCCCUGCGUGCAACGAAGCGGAAACGCAACAUUGAGGAAAACAAGAAACGAAUUGCUCAAGCCGCUAAAUUGGAGGCAGAAGACGCUGCAUUCGAGGCAGAUGACGAAGACAAGGAUAGCCAUGAAAAGUUGAUCAGAGUACCUUAUUGUCGCUUCAGCGACAAGUAUCUGUGGGAAAUUGCUUUUAGGAAGAAGGAGGAGAAGAAGCCAUGGAAUAAGGAUUGCUCGAUACCGACUGUUGGAGAGAAGCGUAUGCAUGGGGUUGACAUGGUGAUUGAGUCCAGGGUGGAGGAUCGUUCGGCUGUUAUUGCGGAGAGGAAAGAAGAGAAGAGUGGGGAUAGGAUUGUGGGGUGGAUGAUGAGUGGUUGGAUUGUGGAGUCGAAGAGAUAUGAAGCUUGCGAGAAAGGCUUCUUCGAAGGACUGGUUGUUCCUACACAUGAAGCGGACUUCUGGGAGCAGGACGAUGAGGGAAGAAAGAAGGAAGAACGCGACAGGGUUGAGAGGUGGGAGCAUGAGUGGAGUCAAAUUGGAGUCAACUAUACUGAGCGGGUUGUCGAUCAGGAGAGGGGUGUACUUCCUGUAGGAGAAGAGUUGUUCACGUAG